GCGGGAUACUCGCGCGCGCGAUCUGCUCAAGCACCCAAGCGAACUGUCCGCGGCGAUCGAGAGUGCGUGGUGAUCAGGAGUGGCAUCCGGUGUCGCAAAGUGAGCAAGAUAAUCAUCCAGGGUGUCGACGGUGCCGUCUGUGGCGUCCCGAAUGGGGGUGGGUGGCGGUGUGCGAGUCCGGGAGUGACUGUGGAUCAAGAGUGUGAUACGUGCACAGCUGGCAAGAUAGCGCCCAACGGCCACACUCUGGCGGUGGUGCGUCCAUCCAUGGUGGUGCCGCCGGGUGGCAGUCCCCCGGCGGCCUCCGGCCACCCACAGCAGCCCCAUCACAUUGUGGCGCCCAGCCCUCUGUUCGCGCUGCCCACGCUCAACUUCACCGCCGCCCAGGUGGCCACGGUGUGCGAGACGCUGGAAGAGUCUGGUGACAUUGAGCGCCUGGCCAGGUUCCUCUGGAGCCUACCCGUGGCGCACCCCACGGGCAUCCGUGAGCUGGAGAACUCCGAGGCGGUGCUGCGAGCACGCGCCAUCGUGGCCUACCACACCGGACACUUCCGGGAUCUGUAUUCAAUUCUGGAGAGGCACAAGUUUACAAAGGCAUCCCAUGGGAAAUUGCAAGCCAUGUGGCUCGAGGCGCACUAUCAUGAAGCGGAAAAAUUAAGAGGUCGGCCUUUAGGACCCGUGGAUAAAUAUCGGGUGCGGAAGAAAUUCCCACUACCCAGAACGAUCUGGGAUGGUGAGCAGAAGACUCACUGUUUCAAGGAGCGCACGAGGAGCCUCCUUCGCGAGUGGUAUCUCAACGAUCCCUACCCGAAUCCCAGCAAGAAACGUGAUCUAGCCCAGGCGACUGGAUUGACCCCAACGCAGGUUGGCAACUGGUUCAAGAAUCGACGGCAACGAGAUCGAGCGGCGGCGGCGAAAAAUCGAAUGCAGCAGCCGCCGCUGUCCAGCUCUGGCGCCACGUCGCUGCCGCCGCGGCGCGCCGAUGCGGCGCUCUCGCCGGCGCCGUCGGACGACUCGGACUCGGAUAUCUCGCUCGGCACGCACUCGCCGGUGCCGAGCAGCAUGUCGAUGCAGCACAGCCCUGGAUCAGGAUCGGGCGGCGGAAACGAUCGCGAGGAGCGGCUGGAGGAGCGCGAGAAGGACCUCAGCAGAUCCUUCUCGGCUCUCAACUCCUUCCGCUUUGAUGUUCACUCACCUGCGACGAUGGCUGGUGAGUAAGUUUGUCUGAGAAUUGGGAUCAGUUUGACUUAAUGGACUUCGUUAGGUGCGUUCACGAGCCGCUUCUUGCCCACUCUGCCUUAUCGCCUGGGGGAGAAUUCUCCGCCCAUCGGCUCCCACUCGCCACCCAUCGGCAUGCCGCCCCACCUGCCCCUGCAGCCCACGGUCCUGCGGCCGCAACCGCACUUGCCCGGCCUGCAUCACCAGCUGAACGGCUCGCCGGCGCCCCUGUCGCCGCUGCGCAUCCGCGUGAGCUCGCCGGGCCGCAUCAAUGCCACCGAAUUGGGCGCCGCGGCGAUGGGCAUCUCGGACGCCGGCAUCAUCCGGAUAGCGCCCCCCACCGGCCCGCCGCUCCUCCACCGGCCCUUCUCGCCGUCGCCGCAGCCGAAGGACGUGUCAUGAUGGAGCGCGCCGCCGCGGAGCACACCUCCUCUCGAGGGCUUUCACAGGCCGUAGGACUGUCCGUCGGAAAUCCCCUCCGCCAGUCAAUUACUGGGCACCGCACGAGACUGCAGAGCGUCAUCUUAGCGGCUUCUGUAAGUGUAGUGUUAGUGAAUUAAAGAGCCUCCCAACGUCUCAGCUUCUCGCAGAGCAUCGUUAUCCAUCUGAUAUGAGAAUAAUCUGCCAUCUGAGAUGAUAAUGAAGACAUAAAACAUCUCUCAACGUGAGAAGCAAGAGUCCGAGCGCCAUUUUUAACCAAUUCCCCGGCAUGUGAGUGCAAUUAAGGCAACAUUGGCAAGAGGAGCACACAAAAUUUUCAGGUGAACGCCAGAAGAAGGGAAAUUACAUUUAAUAGAUAUUAUACAUUUAAUAAAAAAAAAAAUUUUAUUUGAUGCAACUGCGCUCAAUGACGAAUGUUAAAUAUGGGAAAGAGAGAGAGAGGAAAAGCGACGCAAUUGCAUUCGACGCAAACACAUAAAAUUUUAUUGUAGUAAAAUUAAUUUUUACUCAAAUGACUCAUUGGAAAAUAUGCGUCAUGUUAAUUGCCCGCCAUGCUUGCGACUGUUGAAUUAAUUAAGGCAAACAUUUCGACAGAGAUGCACUCAAUGCUUCUCCAAUCUUCAACUUGAUCAUGCCCAAUUAUGAGGAGGCGCAGACUUUGCGCGUGGAUUUGAGACAGUCUUCAGCCCUACGAUUUGCGAGAACUUCAACUCAGUCUCGACGACCUGUAAAUAAGGAGAUUCACAGAGAAUGAAUAGGAGUGGAGGGUAUUUACAAAAGAAAAAACAGUAAACGUAUUGAGAUGAUGAAAAUGCAAUUUUUAGGAUGCACAAUGUAAAGUUAUACCUUUUGGUCCAUGGCCAAAUCAAAAAAAAAAGAACAGUGAAUCUCUCACUAUUUCGCGUGAGCGCGAGUAAUAAAACAAGGAAUUAUGUGACAUGAGGCAAGAAUUACUGCGUUUCUAAACAGUGGAGAAGAAGAAUUAACUUGAGUAUAAGAGUGAAUAAAUGAGUCCCUCAGUCUUUUAAUUAAAAAAUUGUAUGUUAAUUAAAUUAAUAUAUAUUAUAUUAUUGAAGAAUGGAAUUAAGAUGAUGUAAGAAGUGGAUAUUGAUGAAGCUGAUGAGCAUAAAGUAAUAGAAUGUAUAAAUAAAAUGGAAUAAUUGAAAUUCAC